AUGGGUGCAUCAGGCUUAGGUUCUGCUUUAGCAAACAGCAUUAAUCUCUCAAAUUUAACACUUGAUCUUAGUGACAAUUAAAUUGGUGGAAUAGGUGCAUCAGGCUUAGGUUCUGGUUUAGCAAAUUGCAUUAAUCUCUCAAAUUUGACACUUGAUCUUAGGGACAAUUAAAUUGGUGCAAUGGGUGCAUCAGGCUUAUGUUCUGGUUUAGGAAAUUGCAUUAAUCUCUCAAAAUUGACACUUAACCUUUAGUAAAAAAAGUUUAUUUGUUUUGGGUUCUGA